AUGUGUGGUCCUGCAUCUUCGGGAAGCCGAUGCUCAUCUACAAGUACACUAAGAUUUUUUCUGACCACAAGAAGCUCUCGCAUCAAAAACUCUCUAGUUUACAAUCACCGCCGUCGAUAUCUGAGUGUCAUGGAGUUUCUAAAAUCGCUCGCUGAGAACCCAGCGAACAUUUUCAAGCUCGCACAGAAAGAAGAAACCGUCGAACAACUUAAUACCAUCACCAAAUCUUUAUUGGACCCUAUCGCCAAAGAACAUUCUGUUUUAGAUGAAAUAUAUGUGGACGGACUAGAUGCGACCCAGGUUUUUGGCCAAGCACAAAUGGUUCUUCUGGGCGUAGGCGAGGCUCUUUUAUUCGAAAAGAUUCCUGAAUUGAAAGAAAAAUAUGGAACCACAGAGGUGAACAGUGAAGACGAUGAUGGUGCUGAACUCAAUGAAGACGAAGAGAAUUUGGAAGACAAACUAUCUGGGGAUGAGGAGAACUUAGAUGACGACAGCGAAGAAGAGUUUUUCCUGACUGAAGAACCGGAAGAUUUCACUGCGCAAGAACUUGAACAUAGCGAAGAUGAAGAAAACGACAACGAGGAAGCCAACGACAGUGAGGCGAGCGAAGAGGAAAAUGUUGAUGCUCUGGACGCAGAGUCUGAAACUACAAAGGUUGCGUCGGACAACGAAUCCCUGGGACCAAAGAAGGAUGUCUUUGGCUUGAAUGACGAGUUCUUCGACAUUGAUAACUUCAACAAGCAGAUUGUCGCCCUCGAGGACGAUGGAGACGAUGACGAGGAAGAAAUAGACUUGUUCGCUGACUUGAGUGAUGCCGAAGAGAGUGAAGAGCAGGAAAUGGAUUACUAUGAUGAAUUUUUCGACAAACCAGGACAAGAAAAGAAAACAGCAAAGAAGUCCAAAAAAGCAAAGUCAGAAGAGGAUGAAGAGUUAGAUGAAGAUCGUGAACUCGAUGAUAAGGAAUAUGAUCAGGCUGUUGAUUCUGCCAUGUUUGAUCUUUUUGCAGAUGAGGAUGAGGAAGUGGAGAAGCAGCAAAACACAAAGCAAAUGUCAUCUUUUGAGAAGAAGCAACUGCAACUUCAAGCAGAGAUUGCUAAGUUGGAGGCCGAGCUUGUGGCUGAGAAAAAGUGGACUAUGAAAGGUGAAGUAAGAUCGAAAGAUCGUCCUAUGGAUUCACUUUUGGAUGACGAAGAAGCUCCAUUGUUAGAAUUCGACCGUACAUCCAAGCCUGUGCCAGCUAUCACAGAAGAAGUUACUGAGAGCAUCGAAGACUUGAUCAAAAGAAGAAUCCGCAAUGAUGAGUUCGAUGACUUACCCAAGAGACUCAUUACUGAUGUGUCUCGCUUUGUGCAAAAACAAAAGACAGAAGUGUCGGAGCAAAAGAGUGAGAAGUCAUUGGCAGAAAUCUAUGAGGAUGUAUAUCAUGGAGUGGAUCCUGACGAAAAGAUCACAGAGGAGCUUCAAGCAGCACAUGAUGAAAUCAGCGACUUGAUGACCAGUCUAAAUUACAAGCUUGACUCGUUAUGUCUGGCACAUUAUAUUCCAAAGCCACAUCAAUUCAAGUCUCUUGAAGUUAAAGUUACAGAUGCUGCUGCUUCCAUUUCUUUGGAGGAUGUUCAGCCUACACAUGUUUCUGACGAGACGAAGCUCGCGCCACAAGAAGUGUAUAAGAUUGGUGAUGAUAAGGUGAAGGCUGAUGGAGCCAAGGGAGUUUCGCAGGUGCAAUUGAAGUCUGGUUUGGCGUACUCGAAGGAUGAGUUGGACCGUGACGACAAACAGAGAUUGAGAAGAGCAAAGAAGAGAGCAAAGUCCAAACACUUUAACGAGUUGAAGGAGAUGAGAGAAGCUCGCGAGAAGCAGAAACCAGAGGGUGGAGACCGCAAGCGCCAAAAGGUGAGUGACGUCAUUGAUACGUUGUCGAAGGCGAAGAACGUCACAGUUAUUGACAAGAAGGGCCGGCUUACAGAUGCCAAGGGUAAUGCUAAAAAGAACCAGAGCGCCCCAAGCGGCAGUAAUCUUCUUUUGUAG